AUGUCCAACAUUAACGAAGUACGUAAAACCUUAGAAUUAGAAGAGAUAGAGAAUGCACGUCGUAUGUGCGCUCUCUUUAACAUCGAUCGCAUUGAUAGAAUUAAGAACUCACAUUUUCCUUCACCAAACGCUAAAUCUCUAACAGAAUCUAUGGGGCAGGAGGUAAUUGAAAUUGGAGCGCCUAUAAAAGAUCUUCCCGACUUAGAAGAAGAGCCAUCAGUAGAGAACGAACAAGAUAAAAUAACCACUACAACCAUCCAAGCUGCAACCAAAAAGGAUAUGAGGAAAUAUAGUGUGGAUAUAAAUAAGAAAGUAAAAGAUGUGGAUAAAAUAGACGGAAAGAAGCAAGAAGAUGACGAGGCGAGGAUUGAGAAGGAACUUGCUGAUAUCUACAAAGAUUCCGUCGAUUACAAAGCUGACAGUGCUGAGGUCACAGUCACAACUAAACAAAAUGUUACAGUGGAAACUGAAAAACCCGUUGCUCGUGCAAGAAAUCAAUUCAAGUUUCAACCUGAUUCGAAUGAUCCCGAAGAUAUUGCAAGAUUUAGGACAUCGAUAGACGACCUAACCUGCAGUAAAACCAAACUAGCUGGUGUUACUAAAGCACCAACAUCAGGAUGUAGAAGAGUAAUAUCCGAUAUUUUAUUUCUAACUGCUUUUACAUUUUGUGUUAUCUUU